AUGGCUAACCUGCAGCAGGAAUACUCUGGGGUCCUUCUGGGGAUACUGGAGGAACUGGCCAAUAUGCGUCAAUGGCUGACCUUCCAGGAUCUUUGUCGCAUGGUCAGCACCCGUUUUGACCUGGAGAACCUCGUUGAGCUCCGGAGUUUACUGUUUGCUGCUGCCAGCCAGGACCCCUGUUUCCCGGCAACUCUAUUCAGAGACCGGGUUUCCACCAGAGGCCAGGGGCUAUCCCCCAUAGGCGUCGCUGCAGAUAUUGUAACAAUAUUCAAUCUUAUUCAAAUGACCGCAGGGGCUCCUGAUGACAGCCAACCAAUGAUCCUCCCCGCCGAUCAGUCCCCCGGCCCCAACCUUCCUGGAAUCCAACAGCUGAACCUUUCUGGUCGAGAAAGACCACGUGCCCACUCUGACUCCGGUGGCAGGCCGAUCGAUGAGCACUUGCUGCUUCCAAGAUCUAAUUACUCUGCCCACAAGCGAGGAAGUCUUCCCCCUGAUCCCAUCUCACUUCUGUCCUCCCCUCCAAUCAGGACGAGGGCUGUGUCUUUCAGCUUGCCUCACACCACACUUCUGUACCCCAGUGGUCAAAUCUACAACGAGGUCAUGGAUAAUAUGUACCUACCUUUGGAGACAGAAAGCGUGUCUAGUGGAGAUUCUGCGCCCAUAGAAGUGUUUGAAGAUGAACAGGGAUCGUCUGUCGACCAGAAGAGAAGCAUCUUUAAGAAAGACUUCCAUAACCGGCCGCCUCUAAUACCGCAGGUGACUGUUAACAGCGAGUCUCCCAGUCCCAACACAGGACAGAAAGGCUUUGACAAUCUGAGCUUCGAAAAAAUCCAGAAUCCUUACCCAUCACCAGCAACAGUCCACCAAUCAACAGAGCCGUGCGUUAAACAUGAGAGCCUCGAUGACCUACAGGACUCAACUUACUUUGGACCCCGGCCAAUCCCAGAGUGGUCUCCUCGGCACCUACAACCUCCCAGGACCCAAAAGCCCUUCUGGAGCAACAAGAGUCACAGUCUAGAGGAUCGGAUAGGCCUGGGGAGCAUUGGAAUAGGAGGGGGACAACUUCCAAGACGUUCAACCCCUGUUAUGAGCAAUUUAGGGGGGUCCUCAGGAGGUGAGAGUGGGGAUAGUGGAUUGCCAGGUGGAAGCGAUGGAGUUAAGGCUCAGGGAACACAGACGGACCCGCCGGACACCCGACGCCUCCGGAGCUUGGUCCACGCUGAUCGUUUCUCCUUCAUGACCUCAUUAGAUGACCCAGAGUUAGGUGAGGAUGACAUCAGCGCCAUCUUUCGCUUCUUAGAUGAUAUAAGCAUGUGCGGUUCCACGGGAGUCCUGCACCCCAGUGAUGGACCAGGUGCCCUUAACCAGGACACCCAUGAGGCCAGACGCGGUCGCCUAGGGCAACUAUCAAGGCUUUUUCACUCCCUUGAAAGCAGCGAUGAUGGGCUCAAGGCCAGUGUAUGUAAGCUGCUGCUCCGUAUGAGCCAGAUAGAAAGACAACUUGGGACACUGAAUGAUGUAAAGGCUGAGAUUUCGCAGGUAUUGUCUGCACUGCAGCGGCUGGAUGAAAAGAUCCAGCAGCCUAUCACUGAUGGACAAGGCACCGGGCGAUGGCUGGAGCCUCUCAGUGGUGUCUCCUCCUUUAUGAGCCACCCUAUGACCCCUUCUGAGUCAUCGGAUCCUCAGCCUCUGUCAGUCUCUGAGCAUCUGUUCCCCGGGAUCAGCACGAGUAGUCUUGAAUGGAGCCGGUGGAACGCUGCAGGGGAGCAAACAGAAAGCAGCAAUGUUCUGGCUGAUUCAAAAGGGGGGAAAGAAGGGAAGAAGGAUGCAUCGUCUCGUCGCACCUCCAAAACCCAGAUUGAAGAAAAGGGGGUUUCUGAUUCUAAACAGCUAAUAGUCUCCAACUCUGCAAGAGACUGGACAGUGUCGUUUUCAAAAAGUAAAGAUGGCAAAGCUACACAUGGGCAGGCAGAUGAAUCAGGCAGCACAGCUCACCUACUCUCCAAAAAACCCAACCUGAUGGAACAAGUGUUUAAUUCGUCCCUGUUCCGCAACAAAGACAGCAGUCUAACAGGAGGACUUGCAUCUGGGAAGGUCCUGGAGCCCAGACUGUCUGAGGGAAGGGUGAGGCCCGUAUGGACUGUAGACGACAGAGAGGCCCGGAUCUCCCCUUUGGACUUACAGACCCAGGAAUCCCUGAACCCCAACAACAUGGAGUUCUGGAUGGACGACAUUUACUCUCCUGGCUACGAUGCUCUUCUCAGGCGUAAAGAGGCUGACCUCCGCCGGGCAAAGGUCUGCAAGCUGCUUGCACUCAUUCUCACUGCAGUGACUAUCAUUCUCAUCAUCGUCGUUCCCAUUUGCACCAUUGGGUCUUGA